CCACUCUAUUUCAAUCAUAUUAAAGGUGGAAGAUUCAAAGAAGAAUACUUUGCCACUAAUUUUUUGUCAAGUGUAUCUCCCUUCCACUUCAAAGUUGAUUGCCUUCUCAAGUUCUCAUCACUUUAAAAGCACCUUUAUUCUCCCAUAUAUAUAUAUAUACAUAGUUUUGCAUUAUUAGCCUCAACUCAAACUAAACACGAAAACAUACCAAUCCUAUUUCUUUUAUCAUUAUCUUUAUUUUUUUGAGUAUUAUUAUCGUUCUACAUCUUCGUAUUGUCUAAUGGCUUCCUCCUCCCUUACAUGCGAGUUAAAGAUCAUUGGAGCGGAAAACAUACAAGCAAAACACAAGGGUAAUCUAUUCAUUAGAUGCUACCUUUCAGUAGGAAGCAACAAUAGAAAAAUUCAGGUUAACACAAAUGAAAUAAGUUCUGCUCAUCAAAAAGAUGAUUACAUCUUUUGGGAUGACACUUUUUCACUAGAGUGCAAUGGUUCAGAGGAUUCAAUCAAUAAUCUCAAGGAAGCAAGUGUGUUAUUCGAGCUUAGGUGGCGAAACACCAAGGCUUUUCUAGGGAAGAUUGGCGGGUCUCAGCUCCUAGCAACUGCUGAGAUGUUUUGGAAGAAUGUCUUUGAUGCGCCGAAAAUGGAAUUUCAGAGGUGGGCUGUUAUGACUGUCAAUCAGGAUGGUUAUAAGUUGCUUAAAACUGUUGAAGACGGAGUUAAGCCACCGGCGUUACAGAUAGCAAUGAAGGUAGAAGUUCCGGUGGUGAGCCUGGUGUCGAUGGAAGAGAUGAGGAAGAUGAGAAGAAGAGAGCGUAUGAAUGGAUGGAAAGAGUGUGGGUGUAAAUCUAAUGAAGGGUGUUGCUCUUAUUGUGUUGAUAAUGAGCUGCUUUUGAUUGGUGCAACUUUAGAUGGCUUUUAGCUAUUGUUUGCACUUUCUUAUUUUUGGGUUAGAUGAUUAGUACAUGUAUAGAAUUACUAGUGAAUCAAUUUAGAUGUUGAUUUGGAAACAAUCAAUCAAUGCAAUUCUGCUAUUAUGCUCAUAUAUA